GAUUUGCUGAUGGACUCCUUCGAUCUCUUUCCCCUUGCGUGUGUAGUCAACAAUAAGUUUCUAGCUAUUCAUGGAGGUAUCUCUCCAGAUUUGAAAACGGUAACAAGGUUCUGUAUUUCCGAUUUUAGCUUGAAGACAUCAAAAAAAUUGAUAGAUACCAUGAACCACCUAGGAGUGGACUGUUUUGUGAUAUAUUAUGGAGUGAUCCAGUAGAUAAUGAUUAAGGAACAUUAGAAAAUGGAUGGAGAGGAAAUGAGGUUAGAGGUUGUUCUUGGUUUUUUGGAGUUGAUGCAGUACAUCGAUUUCUUUAAAGGAACAAUCUUAUUUCUGUUAUUAGAGCUCAUGAAGCAUAAUUAGAUGGAUAUAAAAUGCAUAGGUGGAAAGGUAGUUCAGACUUUCCAGUUGUUAUUACUAUCUUCUCAGCUCCUAAUUACUGUGAUGUUUAUAAAAAUAAAGGAGCUGUUAUCAAAUUUGAAAAUAACACUCUCAACAUUUAACAAUUUAAAGAUACUCCUCAUCCUUACCUAUUGCCUAAUUUUAUGAAUAUUUUUUCUUGGUCUAUUCCUUUUGUUACUGAAAAAGGUAAAUAACUUCAAUAUUUAUAUAUUAGUCACUGAAAUGUUAUAUAUGUUGCUCAGACAUGAGGAUUAAGAAUAAGAAAGUGAAGAUGAGAAAAUUAAUCAAGCAGAUAUUGAAAAAUUCAAAUAAAUUACAUAAAUAGAAAAAAAUAAAAACUUUGAAAAAAACAACUCACUUCAAAAACAACUCUCUAAAACUGGAAGAGAAAAACUAAGAUCAAGACUCAAAUUUGUAGCCACCAUGAUGAAAAUGUAAAAAACCUUAAGGUCUUCAAAUAUAUUUGUAUUUUCAGAGAAGAAAACGAAAGUAUUGUUUAAUUAAAAGGUGCAUGUCCAGAUAAAAGAUUACCUAAAGGAUUAUUACUACAAGGCAAAGAAGCCAUUACUGAUGGUAUUAAAAAAUUUUAUUUCAAGCCUUGUAAGAAUUUAAUUACAUGAAAUUGGCAGAUAGCAUUAACGAAAAAAUGCCCAAUAUUCAUAUUCCUUAGUAAUCGAUUUAGAUCAAAAAACCAGGAUAGUCCUCAAAGAAAAAAUGAAUUUUUAUCUUAG